AUGAAUUCAAAAAACUACCUAACUAACUACAUAUAUAAAGUGGAUUUCAUCUAACUGACAGGCAGAUUGUUUAAGAUGGUUGCCGUGUUCCGUUCUAUAUAUUUUAUUUUGCAUUUGCUGUUCUGUGUCAGCCUAAGUGUUACGAAAGAAGUCAGACCAGGAAAUGAGAACGUUAGACUCAUCCUAGAAGAACUCGCGAGAAGUGGGUCAAAAUAUUGUCAAUGUCCACCUGGACCGCCAGGGCCUGCAGGUAUUCCAGGUCCUCAAGGAGAUCAAGGGCCUCCUGGGCCAGUGGGACCAAGAGGUUAUACAGGAUUGCAAGGACGUCCAGGGCAUGUUGGUGCACGCGGAUAUCCAGGUUAUCCAGGAGCUACGGGUGCACCAGGCAAAGAAGGUCCAAUGGGACCACCGGGCCCACCUGGUGAACCAGCCAAAUUUAAUGGUUUUGGAUUUUCAGGGCCAAAUUUUGACCCUGAUGACCAGAAGAAUUGGGGGCAAAAUUGGCAAAUGUGGGGAGCUAUGAAUCCAUAUUUGCUCAAUUUUUAUAAUAUACCGCCUUUUGCGUAUCCUGCAGUUUGGCCUAUGAUGAUAGUUUCUCAGCUAAUGGCUGCGAUGUUUAAUAAUUGUGGACAUCAACAUCCCCUGAAGCCUAGUUUUGGUGAUAAUAUGGAAUCGAAACCAUUAGGUCCAGGACCAUUUCAACCAGGAUCUUGCGGAGGUGGAGCAUCUGGAUUUCCGUUUCCAUGUCCUCCAUUUAAUCUAUUUAUGCCACGUCCAACUCCGCCAAUGAGUAACUCAAAUCAAGAACAGGUGAACAAAAAUCAAGAAAAACCAUCUGCAAUGCCACCAACGGAUAAUACUGAGUAUAUUUCAACUCCUCCGACCCUCAAACCAACAAUGGAGGCCCCCAUUCUUCCCACAGACCGCCCACAUAAACAAUGUGCUGAGAGUCGACCAUGUAACCUGAAUGUCCCCGAAGCUACAGAAAUUGAUCCACUGACUGGAAAGCCUGUAGAAUCCGAAGUAGUUCCAAAUGCUGCAGAGAACGAGUUUGAUGGAUUGUCCAGUUUAUUGCAUAAUGCAUCUAUAGUAUAUAAGCCAUUAAGUCCAGAAACAACUGACCAGGUAACUGCAAUUCCAACGCGUGAACCAAAGCCUCCUAGGCCAACAAAACCUGCAAGCUGGGUUUCAAGACCCAUUCCGCCUUCAAUAUCUAAACCUGGAAGCGAAAACUCAUACUCCAGUUUUUUGCCCACGCCACAAGAAUCAGGAUCACGUCCGAAGCCUCACAGUAAUUUGACAGGACCAGUAAAAAAGCCUAUAAUAACGUCGGAAGUAGCAUUGGAGGCUAGGGCCACACAUGAGUCAACCAUAGUUUUUCCAGAAGUAGAUGAGAUGAAUUUGACAACUUACAUGCCAACUACGCCAGAAGGAAGAGUCGUAGAUUCGAAAUCAACACGUAGUGAGGAGAGAGACGUAGAGGAUGUUGAGGAAAUUGUAGUUAGUGACUUUGAUUCUGACGAGAUGCGAUCCAUUUCAGCAGUGAUUUUAAUUUCUACAUUUGCCCUCAGUUAUGCUGCAUGGACAAGGGAUAUACCAAUUUCUAGCGAAUUGGAUAACUCACCAAAGGAAAGAAGCUUCUUUGUUAGAGGUGGUGGUUGUACUUGUUCUCCAGGGCCACCGGGUCCACCUGGUCCACCAGGUCCACCUGGCAGAAUUGGUCCUACCGGUGAGCCGGGUAUACCUGGACUAAGAGGGCAACAUGGGGUACAAGGCGAGCCAGGGCAGCGAGGAGAACCGGGAGUUCGAGGUCCACCAGGUAAAGAUGGAUUACCAGGUAGACCUGGGAAAAGAGGAAUCGCUGGCCACCCUGGCCCUGUAGGCCCAAUGGGACACAGAGGACGAGAUGGGCUACCUGGUCCCCCUGGCGAGCAAGGAUUUACAGGUGAACCUGGCCUAGAUGGGCCGGUUGGAUCGCCAGGAAAUCCAGGGCCCCCUGGCCUACAAGGACCACCUGGAAUGAAAGGAGAACGUGGUCCACGUGGUGAGAAAGUUCAUAUUUAUAUCCCAGCUCCGACGAAACCGGAGGAACCAGAGAAGCCUGAACCGACAGAGAAACCUGAACCAGAAGAACCAGAGGAGCCUGAACCUGAAGAACCUGAAAAACCGGAGCCUGAAGAACCAGAAGAGCCAGAGAAACCGGAACCAGAAGAGCCAGAAAAAACAGAGCCCGAAGAACCUGAAGAACCGGAGAAGCCAGAACCAGAGGAACCUGAAGAACCGGAGAAACCAGAACCAGAAGAACCUGAAGAACCGGAGAAACCAGAACCAGAAGAACCUGAAGAGCCUGAGGAACCUGAAGAGCCAGAAGAACCUGAAGAGCCUGAUAGCGACGAGGAGGUUAUUCCUGCCCCACAAUCAAGUAAAAGGAGACACUAUUUUCCAUAUGACUACCUUCCUGAUCCACCAUAUCAUUACUUCGACGAUCGUUAUUUUGAUAUUCCCGAUAGAUUCCACCUAUAUAGACCAUUCGGUAGCAGAGCUCAUCGACGACGAGUUAAAAUUCCAAAAUGGUUUUAA